AUGGAGAGGCCCCAACGUUCUUUCCGCCCUCACUUCCACUUUCCCUCAAAGGCCCUUCCCCUGCUCUCUCCUUCUCCCUGCAGCCAAGCGCGAGGGUGGGUGAACCCCCCAUUGAGACUACCUCUGGAGCCGUGCCGGCACAAGCUGCUGGAUCUUAUCGGGGACCUGGCGCUCUGUGCCAGGGGAGGGAACGCCGGCAUCCCCAAUGCGCACAUAGUGGCCUAUAAAGUGAGAGCCAGGCCUUCUUUUUCUAGUCGACUCAAAAACAGACUCCCUCUGGAGCCGUGCCGGCACAAGCUGCUGGAUCUCAUAGGGGACCUGGCGCUGUGUGCCAGGGGGGGCAACGCCGGCAUUUCCAACGCGCACAUUGUGGCCUAUAAAGCGAGCCAUGCGCUUCACGUGGCGUUCGGUAAAGCGCUCAUGGGUGCGCUUGAGGCAGAGGCGAAGGGGCAUGGAGGGGCUGUGUAG